AUGUCUUCCAUUACUCAGGGUUCAUACCCUCCCGUUCUCCAAGAUGCCGAAAAGGAACGACUUGUGCAAGUCGUCAAGGACUGGACUGUAGCCCACGGCCUCACUGUUCGCCCACCACCUGCCAUCGCCGGUAACGACACCGAAGGCAUCCUCGCCACAAGUGCGCCCGUUACCCUCUUUCCCAGCCCCUUCCCCAAGAGCUGCUUUGAGGAGGCAAAGGCUAUUCAGACUACAUACAACGAGCUUUAUGCUCUUAUUAGCCAGGAUGAGGAGUUCCUCACAGAGAUGGUCAAGGAGGUUGCUGGCGGCGACGAGUUCAUUGCCAACUUAUGGAACGUCCACCUCCGUGUGAAGAAGGAAGGCUAUGUCCAAAACCUCGCUUUAGGUCUCUUCCGCUCCGACUACAUGGUGCACCAAGAUGACGCCUCCCUGCAAAUCAAGCAAGUUGAAUUCAACACCAUCGCCUCCUCCUUUGGUGGCCUGUCCACUCAGACCUCCCUCCUGCACAAACACCUCGCCCAGCAUGAGUACCCUCUCCUCUCCUCUUCCUCCUCCGCCUCGAACCUCGACCUUCCAUCCAACGACUCCGCCGCCGGUCUCGCCGCCGGUCUCCGCGCCGCCUUCGACGCUUACGGCUCUUCCACUCUCGGCCAUCCCACGUGCGUCCUCUUCCUCACCCAGUCCGGUGAGCGCAACGUCUUUGACCAGCGACACCUCGAAUACGCCCUCUCCUCAUCCGGCCCUAACAAAGUCCCCGUCUUCCGCCUCCCUUUCUCCGACAUCCUCACCCACACCACCCUCGCCUCUACCCCCACCCGCCAGCUCCUCUACACUCUCCCCAGUAACCCUUCCCUGGUCUUCGAAGUAGCCGUCGUCUACCUCCGUGCCGGUUACGGCCCCGGUGACUACCCUUCCCAAGAAGCGUGGGAGGCGCGCUACCAGAUCGAGCGGUCCAACGCCGUUUGCUGUCCUACCGUUCUCACGCAGCUGGCGGGCAUGAAGAAAGUGCAGCAAGUCCUGGCCACCCCGGAGGAAAGCAACACCAACUCGGUUCCCUCCGCGCUGGCCAAAUUCAUGCCUCCCACCUCGGAAAAGACCCAGCGCCUCCUCAAGACCUUUACAAAUAUCUACCCUCUCGAUACCUCUUCUUCCGGCCUGCACGCCCGCUCCCUUGCCACUUCCCCCACUCAAUGCCAGAAAUACGUGAUGAAGCCGCAGCGCGAGGGCGGAGGCAACAACUUCUACCGGUCGGCGAUCCCGGAGCAACUGGCCAAAAUCCCCGAGGAGCACUGGAACUCGUUUAUUCUCAUGGAGAUCAUCGAGCCGCCUGCGCUGGCGAACAGUAUUCUCAGGAACGGCAAGGUAGAAGUGGGGGGCGUCAUUUGCGAAUUGGGUGUCUAUGGUACUUGUCUGUGGGAUCAAAGCAGUGGGGAAAUCAAGUUCAAUGAGGAGGCCGGAUAUUUGUUGAGGACGAAGGGGGACAAGAGUGAGGAGGGAGGCGUGGCAGCGGGUUAUGGGUGUAUGGAUAGUGUUACUCUUGUCUAAGUUGAGGGUUGAGGAAGAAAAGGGCUGUCUGCUUGGAUAUAAAGUGGCGAUGGGUGGUGAUGACGUACAAAUAGAUGGAUAACUA